AUGAAGCCCGCUUUAGGCCUACGUGGCACCAAGCUCAACAUUGGACACAUCUGUACGGUCAUUCUCCCGGCCUACAUCUGCUUCGGUUAUCUCAUGGCUGUGACAUCGGGCAUCGAAACUCGGCAGUCAUGGGUACACACAUUUCCUCAGAUGGACACUGUUAAUACGACAGGCCCCAAAGAAGCAGAGAACUCUCGAAUCAAAGGCACAGUGACGGCAAUCUUCAACCUGGGCUGUCUUUUCAGUGCCCUUAGUUGUAUAGUCGUGGGCGAUAUCCUUGGUCGUAGGAGAACGUUCAUGCUGGGUCUGGUAAUUACAAUCGUCGGCUCAAUACUCCAGUCGAGUGCAUUCUCCUUGCCACAGUUAACCAUCGGGAGGUUUGUUGCUGGAUUCGGCUUUGGUGGCGUGACUGCUACUGGGCCGAAUUGGUAUGAGGACCACUCCCAUUGUACAAGUUGGAUUUUCCCACGCUGA